AUUUCCUUCCACACCCAUCCAUCAUCGCGUGGGCCUCGCCAUGAAGCGUCCCCCAUCCAUCCCUUGGUAAACGUCCCGGCCCCAUCCAUGCCUAGGUAUUGGGCAGCGGCGGCUCUUGCUUGCUGGUGGCUCUUCGUGCCUCGUGCCGACCCUGCUGCCAGGGACCAGGUUGAGCGCAGCCACUCAUUCUCAGCUUCGGCCCGGGGUGCGCUGCCCGUGUCGAAAUCCCAGACUCUAUUUGUAGUUACUCUAAAAAAGUUACUGCAUACUCAUACAAAUCCAAUCAUCAACGGGCAAUGACGCACUUGACCCAACGGGCUGUUGUCGCGCGAGAAAUCUGUGCAACUGUGCUUGGUCUGUUACUUGGUCUGCGCCGGUUCGGGUGUCGCACCGCAGCCUCCAAGUCUCUCCCUAUGCGGCUCCAGACUCUGGAGCCUCAAACAGUCGCAUCCACCAAGUCCCUUUUUCGCUCUCAUUCAACCUCCAACACCACACAAGUGACACGACCCCCCACGCCAACGGCGACCACCUGACGUACUCCCACGUCGCCUUCCAACUCAUUGAGCCGCUCAAAUUUCAAUUCACUCCCAGACCAGCGGAGGCCGCCGAUUCUCAAACCGCCGCAUCGUUGACUCUUUCCCGCCGCCAGCAAGCUUCGCCCUCGCUUCUGGGCGCGGGCACUCACUCACUCCGCUCCUCCCCCCUUCACCAUGGCCUCAAACUUCUCCAUACAGCCCGUGGGCCGAUUCGCCGGUCCCAGCCAACCCGUCAAGAGACCCAAGGAGUUUGCGUGCUUCUCGUACGACGAGAACCAUGAGUUCCACCUCGGUGACCGCUCCAUGAAGUGGUACUAUACACCGCGGCUAGGCGCCGACCUGUCCAAGGGCUUCAACUCGUUUCAAAAGCACGACGACUCGCGGGACGAGCACCUGGACAGCCUGCUCAGGACCAUCGUCGCCCACGAGCGGGAGACGGGGCAGAAGAUUGACGCCAACGUCGUCACCUGGCGUGGUAUGAUGACCAAGAUACUCGCCACUCCUUUCGAGCAGAACGAUGGAUUCGAAAUGAACGCCACUUUGUACCAGGGCUGCAUCUUCAUCGAGGAGAGCCAUGAGCACAAGAUGGCCACGCGGAGGCAAGAGGCUCAGCGGCCACCCCGACGGGGGGGUCCGCCACAAGAAGUGAUGCAGUUCUGGGGCUACAAGUUCGAGACGCUCUCCACCCUGCCGGCAACCUGGGAUGAGACAUCGCGCGAGUACAUCGAGAGCCGCGAGGACCAGGUCGUCAACAACAAGGAGCAGUACUGCUCUGUUGUCCGCACCGGGAUCGGCAAAGCCAUCCUCUACCUCGGCGGUGAAGUCGAUGCCAUCUGGGACUCCAAACCCCAGGAACCCGGCGCCCCCAUCAAUUGGGUCGAGCUCAAGACGUCGGCCGAGAUCCGCAAUCCAGGCGACCUGGACAACUUCCACCGCAAGCUCAUGAAGUACUGGAUCCAGUCCUUCCUCCUCGGCGUCCCCAAGAUCGUCGUCGGCUUCCGCACCCGCGACGGCAUCCUCGUCGACAUCAACGAGAUCGAGACGCACCGCAUCCCCGACACGGUCAAGGCGCGGCCAAACCCCCGCUGGGACGGCAACAUGUGCGUCAACUUUGCCGCCGCGUUUCUCGAUUGGCUGAUGAAGUCGGUCAACGACGAGGGCGUAUGGAGGAUACGCAGGCGGCCGCACUCUCCGGUCAUCGAGGUCUUCAGGGUCGAAGAGACGGGCCACGGGAACAUACUGACAGAAGAGUUCAAGAACUGGCGCAUUAAACUAGCCCUGGGCCCGAGCCCGGGAGACUGACCGAUCAAAGGGCGCCGGCCAAUACGCCGUGUAAACUACUUGUACGAAAUAUACCCACACAAAAGCGUCGCAGAACACGGUCGCAUGACAUGGCUUGUACUACCUCUAUGAGAUCAUCCUUUAUUUCACAAUGUGAUCGUACACUACCUACUUCGACAAGUUACGCAAUGAACACCCAGAAACCAGUUUUCCCCAACGCCGUCGCCCGUGGAAAGCAAAGACCAGGACCCCAAAAGACCCGGCAUGUCAUAAGAGGGCUGUCCCACAAAGGGGUUGCCAUGAGAGCAACAACCGAAUGCCUGUCAUGCUUUUCCAAUGCCGGGGUAUGCAAAUACAUGCUCGCUCCG